AUGGCAGAGAAACUGACAGACCAGCAGGUCGCCGACCUGUUGGCGAUACUCCGUAAAGACGCUUCAGUUGACACAAAAUCCAACGCUGUCACAGCCGUCAAAUCCGCCAUCAAACAACACAAUGUCCCCGAUAGUUGUGUCUUUCCGCUGUUCGAUGCCCUGCGACUCGCCUCCACUUCCCAGCACUCGGCUCUGGCCAACGCCGGCUUCACUGCCCUCAACCACCUGCUCACACGCUUGUCACGUCAAGAGCCCAAGUAUAUCCACAAAGAGGCCAAGAAUACUCUGCCACUCAUUGUGGACAGAAUGGGCGAUCAGAAGGACAAGCUGAGGGCCCUCGCCGUUCAAGCCCUGACGACUAUGUAUGGAGCCACGCCGACAGAGGCCGAGAGGUUUGUGCGCAACGUUGCCAUGACCGGCAAGAACCCGAGAGCAAAGGAGUCGAGCAUGCAGUGGCUAGUUGAGAUGCACAACGAACACGGACUACCAUUCAGGGCUUAUGUACCAACACUGAUGGAGCUGCUAGAGGACGCCGACGGGAUGGUCCGUGAUACUGCAAAGGCUACCGUGAUCGAACUCUUCAGGGCCGCAUCCGGUCCAGCGAAAUCGGAUUUGAAGAAGCAACUCAAGACUUUCAAAGUACGACCGGCGAUAGAGGCUGCUAUUGUUAAGGAACUGGCGCCAACGUCUGGCACUGCCUCAAGGAUAGAGUCUGACGUGCGGCCCGACUCUGCACCGUUGAUGCGUCCAAAUCUUGGGGCAAGCGUUUCCUCCUUGCAUAGCGAAAGGCCCAAGACGCCUGCGCCUGAAGAAAAGCCGGACCCGGUCGAGCCCACCUAUGUCAACACAAGCCGUGAGUUGGACGAGAUCUUCAGAGAAAUGCACGCAUGGUUUGAGGGCAGGGAGACGGAACAAAACUGGUUGAAACGAGAACAAAGCACAACGAAACUCCGAAGACUGAUCGCCGGAAAUGCCUCCGACUUCGCAGAUGUAUUCUUACAGGGCUGUAAGGCUCUACUCGAUGGCAUCAUCAAGGCUGUCACCUCCUUGAGGACCAGUCUGUCAAAGGAAGGCUGCUUCCUGGUCCAGGAUAUUGCAAACGCCUUUGGUCCGGGCAUGGAUCCCAUGGUCGAGUUGCUCAUGCAGACUUUCAUCAAGCUUGCUGCAGCAACCAAGAAGAUUGCUUCCCAACAAGCCAACACGACGGUAGACACAAUCAUUGGCAGAACCACAUACAAUGCUAGGAUCAUGCAACACAUGUGGGGUGCCUGCCAGGACAAAAAUGUUCAGCCGCGUACAUAUGCCGCCGAUUGGUUGAAGACGCUCAUCAAUAAGGAGUCACACCACAAGAGCCACAUUGAGCAUGCGGGUGGACUCGACUUGCUAGAAAAGUGUAUCAAGAAGGGGCUGGGGGAUGCGAAUCCGGGCGUGAGGGAGCGCAUGCGUGGCACAUACUGGCUUUUUGCAACCGUCUGGCCUGCGCAAGCCGAAAAGAUCAUGGAUGGACUCGAUUCCACCGCUCAGAAGCUACUGCAAAAAGACCCUAAUAACCCUAAUAUGCCUGUUGCUUCCAAGUCUGAACCUGUACCGCGCCCUGGCCUCGGCCUCUCGAAGAGUACCAUGAGUGCCAACUCGAAACCAUCAAUUAGGGAGACCAUGAUGGCCCAAAAGAGAGCCAUGGCAGCUUCAGCCAAGACGCUGCCACCACGGCCAGGCUCUGCAAUGGCCACCGUGACUCCCGCCCGAACCACAUCUGGCUCCUCAGGCGUCUCAGCCGCUUCUUCUGCUGCACCGCCUACAACGCGCACAAGAGCGGAUACUGCAGGCAAACCCCAUGCUGGUAUCUCUGCUGCACCGAUGAGGCCUACUAGGAGACGACCAGAAACGGCUCGACCAGAAAUGGCUCCCAGACCUGCCACUGCCGGGCCGUAUUCAGGCCGAAACCAUGACGUGCGAUCCAGCCCCCCAGACAUAAAAUCAAAGACAGUGACGCCCAAGACCAUUUCUGGAUCUCCUAGAAGGACGGUACCGAAAGGUCGGCCUGGGCAUCAACCAACACGAAGUGUUGAUGGCAUUGCCACUCCGUCUAAGCCAAUACUCAGCAAGUCUCUCUCAGCGGCACCAUCCCCGAUUAACAGUCCAGCAAAGGCAAAACAACCUGGAUUUAGCGGCAUACUUUCAAGCAAUUCUUCAAAGGAGAACGAGGAGCUCACGCUGGUUGUGCCAACUAUCGCUAGUCUACGGGAGAGCAUGAAGUCAUCGCCCAAAAGCUCCCCCAAAGCACCUUCACAUUUGGCGAGCGAUGAAACGGCCAGGCAAACUGAACCUAUGGACUUGAACGAAGACCCUGUGCAGGAAGUGUCCCAGACACCUGUACAAACGCCUUCAAAGACCCUCAAAGUCUAUGAGGAUCCUUUUGUAGAUGAACAGACAACUCGCCCAGCUGUCGAUGCUAGCCCGGAAAGACCAGUUCUUGAGGACAAGCCGGUUAACGAGGAUGCCGCCAAUCUGAACUUUGGUCAAAAUGGAACAACUACGCCACCGGCGGUGAUUUCGCCUGACAAGAAUGGCCAAAACGCCCGCCUUCUUGACAGCGGCAUUAAGCGUAUCAAGGCUCAGACCCUUGAUGUUCAUGGGUUUCGUAAGCUGCAAUCAUUGCUGCGAGACAGCAAGUCUCCGCCGACGGAUAGCAAGUUUGACACACUUUUGACCGGUUUGUUCGAAUACCUUGAAUCCCCACUAGACAAUCUUGAACCUGCUAAGAUCCAAGAUAUCAAGGCUCAAGUUCUAGCAACUAUCAAACUACUACUCAAGAACUCUCGCGACAAUUUCCAGCCGCAUAUUGCACUGGGACUUGAAGCGCUACUUGCAACUCGUGCAAAUUACGACGCGCGCACACACAUUGUGUCAGGCCUCGAGCUUCUGGCGGAAGAACUUGUCAAGGUUGGAGAUCCUCCCACGAUGGCUGUGUCCAUGACCCGUCGCUGCGGGCCCCUUCUGGAGAAGACGGAUGCUCGUAGUGGACGCAGCCUACAAAUGGGUAUACAUAUCAUGAAGCAGUUGGUUGAGAACCACCCUACCUAUAACCCAAGCGAAUCCGAGCUUCAAGGGAUGUGCAGCUUGUCUGCAAAUUGCCUUGAUAGUAAGGAAAGUGGAGUCCGAAUGGACGCCGUUCACUUGUGUGUGCAGCUCCAUGCCAGAGUAGGCGAGCAAAGGUUCUGGGAAAGCAUGAAGGGCCUAAAGGAUGAUCCGAAAAACCUUAUCACCUACUACGUAGUCAAGCAUCAACGCGAGACGGGCGUGGCUGCUUAG